AUGUUAAAAGAAUUUAUUAAGGCGUGCCAAAAAGGAGAGGAUCUUCCAGAAAAAACUACAUCAAAACCUAAACAACUAGAUAUACAUGUAGCUCUAGGUGUAAAAGCCUUUAACAAUUUAUCUCGAAAUCAGUACAACAAUAUUCGACAAGUCCUGAAACUGGAAUGCGAAAACGUUUUACCGACAGCUAAAAAAUUGUUGAGGUUAGAGAAACAAUGCUAUCCUGAUGACAUAACGGUCACCGAUACAAGAGCCGUUAUUCCACUAAAAAAUUUGACACAACUCACCACAAAAAGAGUUAUUGAAGCACACAAUUCAGAAAUAUACGACAAAAUCAAAAUAUUACCUUCAGAAUCAACUCCAAAAGUUAUUCAUGCAGAAAUGAUCGUCACAUGGGGGAUGGACGGAACAACAGGACAGUCACAGUAUAACCAAGGAAAAACAAAUUCAAGAAAUCAAGAACGAGAUAGAACACAACCGAAUCAAACGACUAAUAAUGAAAUUAUAGAAGACAAAUCACUAUUGACAGUUAGUAUGAGUGUUCAGCAACUACGACAUGAAGACGAAAACGGAAAUUAUAUCUGCUUAUGGGACAACGAAAACAGUCAAUCUGUAUACUCAGUACGACCAAUACAACUUGAACAUGCCAAAGAAACCAGACCACUUCAUACAUCAAUGAACGUACUCACGACUCUAUAUGAUUUGUCAUAUAAACAAUAUGUUCAAAAACACUGGCUGGAGAUAACUGAAGAGGAACAGAUUGUUUUAGAUGUUGAAAAGGCUAGAAUAAAGCAAGCAAUGUGGGAUGCAUUUAAUGUUCGUGUACUCGAACCAAGACAAGGGGGAGCUGGAUCAUCAGAUACAGGAAACGUUGCAAGAAAAGUUCUUGAAAAUCCAGAGCUUCUAGCUAAAACUCUAUAUCUUAAUGAAGAAAUAAUUAAACGUAUAUGCUAUGUGCUAAACCAAAUUCGAAGUUUAGAACCAGUUGAUGAUCUAGAUGAAUUUGAUAGGUACUGUAAAGAAACAUACAGAAUGUUUUUGACAACAUAUAGUUGGUUCAAAAUACCAGUAACACUUCACAGAGCACUUGCUCAUGCAAAACACUACAUGGAAGCCUUACCAUUACCUCUAGGAAGAAUGAAACUCCUUCACACUCCAGCUAUGAUUUUGAAAAAUGUGCAGGAAAUUAAUAGCAAUCGGAUGUGA